AUGGGAGACCACAUGAGCGCUGGAGUGUUUUCUGAGGAGUCACUCUGCAACCUGCUGUGCGUGGAGGGCUGUGUGUGCGACAGCGGGUACCUGCUCUACAAUGACCAGUGCGUGCCCAGCCAGCAGUGUGGGUGCUGGCACAACGGGCAGCACUACCCCGUGGGCUCUGAGUUCUGGACGGACAACACCUGCUCGUCAAAGUGCACGUGUCCCGCGCGGGGAAGCAAAGUCCAGUGCUUUAAUGCCUCAUGCCCUGCGGGCCAGUUCUGCGGGGUGCAGGAUGGGAGACCUGAGUGCCUCGAGCAAUCCUACGGCAUCUGCCAUGUCCACGGUGACCCUCACUACAAAACCUUUGACGAGGUGACGCACGACUUCAUGGGCAACUGCACCUACACCCUGGCCAAAUUGUGCUCCAACACCACCUCCCUGCCCUACUUCAAUGUUGAGGCCAAGAACGAGCAUCGUGGGAACAGCAGAGUGACGUACGUGCGCGAAGUCCUGGUUGAGGUGUACGGAGAGCGCAUCACCAUUGUCAAGGAGGAGACGAGCCAAGUGCUGGUGAACAACGUGCGCCAGACCUUGCCGGUGAGCGCAGCGGGAGGUGCCGUCACGGUAAGCAGGAGCGGCCGCUACAUCGUCCUGGAGACAGACUUCAACCUCAGAGUGUCCUACGACACUGACCACUCGGUGGAGGUGAAGGUGCCCACCACCUACUUCAACCUGACCUGUGGCAUGUGUGGGAACUUCAACAACCGUAGAGAGGAUGAGUACAUGAUGCCCAACGGGCAGCAAGCCGCAGACUCCAAUGAACUGGGGGAGAGCUGGCAGGUCCCAGACAGUGACUCGUCUUGCGGUGUCCCCGACCCUUCCCCACCCUGCAGUGCAGAAGAGGAGAAGCUCUACCAAUCAGACCAGUUCUGUGGCAUGCUGACUGCCAGGCCUGGCUCUUUUGAGAACUGUCACGCUGUGAUCAACCCCCAGAGCUACUUUGAGACCUGCUUGUAUGACCUGUGUGCCCUGAAUGGUGGCCAGGAGGUCCUGUGUGCUGCUCUGGAGGCCUAUGCUGAUGCUUGCCAAGCAGUCGGUGUGACUCUUCUUCCCUGGAGGAAUGCCACCUUCUGCUCCCUGCUGUGCCCCGACAACAGCUACUAUGACCCCUGCAUGACUGGCUGUCCUGCCACCUGUGUUGACCAACAAGCCCCACAGAACUGCUCCAAGCCCUGCAUGGAGGGCUGCGCGUGUACCUCUGGCUUCCUCCUCAGCGGAGACACCUGUGUGCCCGAGGCCCACUGUGGCUGCCUCUUUGAGGGCAACUACUACAGCGAAGGCGAGUACUCUGUGAGCGAGGACUGCGCUCGCCAGUGCCGGUGUGAAGCCAACGGCCAAAUGGUUUGCUCUCCAUUGUCCUGUGGUGAGGACGAGGUCUGCAAGAUCCAGGAUGGCCAGAGGGGCUGCUACCCAGCCAGCAUUGCUCUCUGCCACAUCUACGGCGACCCGCAUUACAGCACCUUCGAUGGGAAGCUUCACCACUUCCAGGGCUCUUGCAACUACACAGUGGUGACAGGCUGUGACAACUCCUCCGUUGGGUUCAGUGUCACCACCCGCAAUGAACAUCGUGGCAGCCAGAGCUGGACAGCUCUGAAUUCGGUGGCACUGUCCAUGGAAGGCCUCCACAUUGCACUGCGCGAGAACAAGGCUGUCUACAUCAACGGUGCUCUGGCCUCCCUGCCUGCUUCUCCUGCCCCCGGUGUAAACAUUUCCCUGAGUGGCUCCUACGUGCGGGUUUCUACCGAGCUGGGCCUGCAGCUGCUGUUCAAUGGGGGUGAUGAGCUCCUAGUGAAGGUGUCUGAGAAGCACAAGGGCAAGCUGUGUGGGCUGUGUGGGACGUACACUGGGAGCCAGCAAGAUGACUUCAUGCGGCCCGAUGGGGUUGUCGUGCCCGACUUCAAUGACUUUGGAGCCAGCUGGAUGGUGCCGGAUGAUGAGUGGCCGUGUGACCCAGCCAUCAGCCCGCCCGCAUCCUGCUCCCCCUCUGAGGAGGAGGCAGCUAAGGAGCAGUGUGCAAUCCUCACGCAACUUGGUGGCCCGUUCCAGCCAUGCCACGCAGUUCUACCACCCAAGACGUACUUUGAGAGCUGCGUCUAUGACCAGUGCGCCACGGGCAGCAGCACAGAGCAGCUCUGCAGUGACCUGGAGGCCUAUGCCUCAGCGUGUGCUGAGGCAGGCGUUUCUCUGGGAGACUGGAGCGCUGGCACCGUCUGUGAUCCAUCGACACCAAAACCCACGCUCCCCUUGCCAGGAACUACAACGCAGCCUCCACGCACGCCAUCACCACCAAGACCCACACCGAGCUCAGGUCCACUCCCUUCUACAACAUCGACCCCAUUGCCAGGCACCACGACACAGACAACACAAGAAACACAACCACCGUCACCAGCACCUGGUACAACUUCAGCUGCACCAACAGCCUGCAAUAUGUCCUGCACAUUUGAUGUCGGCUUCUGUGGGUGGGAACAGGCAACCAGUGACAACUUUGACUGGACAAGGCACAAGGGGCCAACACCCACGCCAGAUACCGGCCCAUCCCAAGACCACACAACCGGAGAGGGCUACUAUAUCUACCUGCAAGGAAGUAAUCAAAAGCCGGGCGAGGCAGCCCAGUUGGUCAGUCCAGUGUGCGGUUCAGAAGGACCACACUGCUUCCGCUUCUGGUAUCACAUGUACGGAGCGGCUGAAGCAAUGGCUCUGCGGGUGUAUGUAGUUCACAAUGAAACAUCAACACUGGAAUGGAAAGAGGCUGGAAACCAAGGGGACAGAUGGAACUUGGGAGAGAUCACGGUACACAGCAAAGGGAACAUGCAGAUUGUCCUGGAGGGCAUGAUAGGUGAAGAUUUCCGGAGCGAUAUAGCAUUGGAUGAUCUGUCCAUUGAAAAAGGAUACUGCACAGGUCCAUCCACCAGAGAACCUGGAACUGCCUUGCCAAACACAACUCAGCCUCCUCAUACACCUAGACCCACACCAAGCUCAGGUCCAUCGACACCAAAACCCACACUCCCCUUGCCAGGAACUGCAACGCAGCCUCCACGCACGCCGUCACCACCAAGACCCACACUGAGCUCAGAUCCAUCGACAACAAAACCCACGCUCCCCUUGCCAGGAACUACAACGCGGCCUCCACACAUGCCAUCACCACCAAGACCCACACCGAGCUCAGGCCGUGCUUUCUGCAGUGCCUCUGGGGAUCCACAUUAUAACACUUUUGACCAAAGAGUUCAUGAUUUCAUGGGAAAUUGCACUUACACCCUGUCCAAAGUGUGCAACGUCUCUGAGGGGCUUCCAUACUUUGAUGUAUCCACAACGAAUGAGCACAGAGAAGCCAACACCGAAGUCUCUUAUGUGAAGUCAGUGCAAGUGGAAGUCUAUGGCAACCAUAUAUCUUUGCUGAAAAACAAGAAAGUGAAUGUGAAUGGCAGCAGAAUGAACCUGCCUGUAUAUAUUGAAAAGAAGAUCAGUAUUCAAAGCACUGGUGGAUAUGUUCUCUUGGAAACUGACUUUGGACUGUGGGUGAGAUAUGAUGGAAAUCACUAUGCAGAAAUCUCUGUGCCCUCUGAUUACAGUGGUCUGCUCUGUGGCCUCUGUGGUAAUUAUAAUGGUGAUCCAAAUGAUGACAACAUGAAGCCUGAUGGUGGCACUGCGAGUGGUUCCACUGAUCUUGGACAAAGCUGGCUUGUGCCUGAAAAUAACACCAUAUGCUCCAGCGGAACAGAACAGCAGUGUGAUCCUGUGCUGGAGAGUGAAGCAAACAAGAACACAGCAUGUGGCAUGAUCACAGACCCAACAGGAAUCUUCAAGGAUUGUCAUUCCAGAGUGCUUCCGGAAAAUUUCUUUGACAACUGUGUUUAUGACAUGUGUUUCACUGAUGGACAGGCAACAUCCUUGUGCUAUGGACUGCAGGCCUAUGCUGAGUCAUGUAUCAACGCUGGGAUAUGCAUAGAGUGGAGGAAUGCUACUCUUUGCCCAAUAUCCUGUUCUGGAGGUAGCAUCUACAAGAGCUGUGGCACUAGGUGUCCCUCUACCUGUUUGAACAUGUCAGCAACCGAUUCCUGCAGUUCCUUGCCAGUGGAAGGUUGCUUCUGUAAGGAAGGCUAUGUUUUGAGUGGAGAAAAAUGUGUGCCAGAAAGCAGCUGUGGUUGUGUUGAUGAAAAAAACCAGUAUCGUGAGCUGGAUGAAAGCUGGUUUACCAGUUUUCCCUGCACUGAACGCUGCACCUGCAAGGCUAAUAACACCAUUGAAUGCACAUCCUGGGAGUGUGGAGUCCGAGAGGAAUGCAGUAUUCAGGAUGGAGUGCUGGGAUGUCAUUCCAAUGGCCAAGCAACAUGUCAAGUGGCAGGAGAUCCCCACUAUUUCACUUUUGAUGGAAUGAUGUACACUUUUGUGGGUACCUGCACCUACACCUUGGUUGAGGUUGUCAACACCAACAGUAUUAUUCCUAUAACCAUCCUUGGCAAGAAUGAAGACAGAGGACUAAGAGGGGCCACAUACCUGAAAGAAGUCUACAUAGAUGUGUAUGGUGUACGAAUCACCCUUCAGAAAAACCAAGGAAUCCUGCUGAACAAUGAGAGAGUCUACACUCCAUUGGAGAACCGAUUGCGAGGCGUGUCCAUUGGAAAUGUUGGCAGAUUUAUAGCAGUGGAAACUGACUUCGGUGUGAUAGUAAAAUAUGAUGGCAAUCACUACCUGGAAAUCAUCCUCCCACAGUCUUAUUUCUCAAAGGUACAUGGCAUGUGUGGUAAUUUCAAUGAUAAUCAUGAAGAUGAUCUGUCCUUGCCCAAUGGUACACUCGUCAGUGUCCCACAGUUUGGAAAUAGCUGGAAAGUGGAGGAAGACAGUGAUGAAGGUUGUUUAUCAGACUUAAGAGAAGAUGAUGUUCCUCCUUGCACUUCUGAGAGUAAACCAGCUAUUGAAAGCCAGUGCAAUGUCCUAAAAUCAGACAAUUUCAAAGCAUGUCAUGAUCUAGUCAAGCCUGAAGAUUUCAUACAGAUCUGCAUCUAUGACAUGUGCCAAUAUGAUGGCAUGAAGUCUACCCUCUGUGACAUAGUUCAAGUCUAUGUGGACACCUGUAGGAAUCAUGGAAUCACCGUUAAAUGGAGGAAUAGCACAUUCUGUCCAUUGCCCUGUCCAUCCCACAGCCAUUACACAGACUGUGUCUCCACGUGCCCAUCAACAUGCAAUGACAUUUUUGCCUCUUCCCUUUGUGAGAAGACAGAAGAGUGCAGAGAGGGCUGCGAGUGUGAUGAUAACUAUGUGCUCAGUAAUGGCGAGUGUGUACCUCUGAGCAAUUGUGGCUGCAGGGAUGAUGACAACAAUUACCACACCGCUGGGGAGACCUGGAUAACUCCACACUGCACCAAAAGAUGCAUGUGUCAGAAGAAUGGUGUCAUUAUAUGUAACAGCUAUAGUUGUGAUUCUAAAGAAACCUGCGUGAUCAAAAAUGGAAAAUACAAGUGCAACCCAACAGGUUUUGGGAAAUGCCAGAUCAUGGGCGAUCCACACUACAUCACCUUCGAUGGUCUGGUGCACCACUUUCAAGGGAAAUACACAUAUAUUCUGGUUCAGACCAUCCCUGACCUACCUGAUACCCUGAUGCAGUUCAGCAUUGAAGGCAUGAACUAUCCUUUUCGUCGAAGUCAACACAUUAGUAACCUGAAGGAGAUUCUCGUCAAUGUUUACAAUCACACAGUGCGAUUCAGGCAGAACAAGCAGCUUGUGUUGGAUGGUGUAAGAGCAAUACCACCUGCUCGUCCUCAUGAAGGUAUUCAUAUAUAUCAGAGGGCAACAAGAAUUUACCUGGAGACAGAUUUUGGCUUAUACGUGAGCUUCGAUGGCAAUCAAAAUGCAGAUAUAAAGCUGGCCAACACCUACAGCAACAGAGUGGAAGGCUUGUGUGGUGACUUUGAUGGAAGAUACAAAAAUGACUUCACAAAACCAGAUGGUGUUUGGGUGAAGAACGUAAAUACAUUUGGUGAGAGCUGGAAAGUUCCUGUGACAAGAACAGCCUCUCGCCUCAGGCGAGAUGUCAACUCAGAAGAUGAGUCCGAGGAGGAACCAGAUCCAGGGCUUUUCCAAGGCUGCAGUGAAAAUAAGCUGAAACAAGAAAACAGAACUUCGAGAUGUCAAAUCCUGAUUGACUCAAAUGGUCCUUUUGUAAACUGUCACUCCACAGUCUCACCAGAUUUCUAUUUCACGAGCUGCCUGUUUGAUAUGUGUGUGGAAGCAGAUGAGGAAGAAGAUGAGGAUGCUACCUUAUGUCGCAGUCUGGAGGAGUAUGUGCUGAAUUGUCAGCUGCAAGGAGUCAGUAUGGAAGGCUGGAGGCAACAGACGGAUUGUGGUAUAUCAUGUCCUGCCAACAGCAACUACAGCUCAUGCAUGUCUGCAUGCCCAGCGUCCUGCAGUGACUUGGCCAGCCCCUCUGAGUGUGAAUCGCCUUGUCUUGAAGGCUGUGAAUGUCUCCCUGGCUAUGUUCUUAGUGGUUUUGAUUGUGUGCCUUACAGGGAAUGUGGCUGCACAUACCUUGGCAAAUAUUAUGAGAUUGGAGAAAUAUUCACCACUGAUGACUGCUCUCAGAGAUGCCAGUGCACAGAAAGCUCCACUGUCUUCUGCUCAAACAUAGUGUGUGGAUCUGAUGAAAUUUGUGGCAUCUCAAACUACAGUCGUGGAUGCUACAGGAGUGGACCAUGUAUGCCAGAUCCUUGUAAGAAUGAUGGAGUUUGCUCUGAAACUACUGAUGGCACCUCUCUCUCCUUCCACUGUGAAUGUUCAGAAUUGUAUACAGGACAAACCUGCGAGGCUGAAAAGAGGGUCUUUGACACAGAGGAUCCUGAGAACCAUACAGUUGCCAUCGUCACUGGAGUUGUGGCAGGCGUAGUUGUUGUCACCAUUCUCAUCUCCUCUGCAGUGUACCUGUACAGAAGGAAGAGAAAGAUGGAUACACGUGAGAUAUCAAGGAAUAAUUCUUUGAAACAGUCCAGGAAUGUACUGGAUGACAGAGUACGUGAGCAUAAUUAUGGUUGCAUCGUGAACAAUGCAUUUGAUCAAAAUGAACCCCAAACUACAUACCUAUAGUUAGCAAUAUUUUUCCAAUUCAUUUGUAUUACUUUCUGCUCUUUUAUUUUAAUAGUAUUUCUAAUACUUUGAGAAGAAAUAAAUAAAUCGUUGCAUUUGCUGAAAA